AUGACCUGGAUAGAUGGCUCAAGCGUAGACUACAACAAUUUCUACCACAACAAGUUCGUAGCUGUCUUUAAUGAUGGAGGGAUCUGUUUCCGAAUGCAUGAGGGACAAUGGUAUGACGCCAGCUGUUCCGCUUCGUUUUAUUUCAUUUGUGAAGAUGAAAUAGAAGACAGUGCCGCUUGUUCCGUUGGUCACACUGACAAUGGCGGAUCCUGUUAUUACUUCUCGCAAAGCAAGUCAAACUUCGGCUCGUCAAAAUCAUCAUGUGACGACCUUGGAAUGCAUCUUGUCUACAUCGGAUCAGAGGACGAACAAGAUUUUAUUGUGAACAGCCUACCCGUUGAAAACGAGGAUAACUGGCUUGGAUUAUCCAGUGUGACUUGGCUGGACGGUUCGAGUCUGACCUACUCCAACUUCGCAGACGAUUCGAAGAUUCUCGAUGAAGGAGGAUUGUGUUUCUUUAUGAUACCUGAUAUGUCAUACCAAUGGUUUGAUCGCGAUUGUAAUCUAGAGAAAAAUUAUAUCUGCGAGAAAGAAGGAGACAACAAGCAGUCCAGCAUCAACAACACCAACAUCACAUGCAUCAUCAACAUCAACAACAGGGCAAGGAUCAACAGAUGGGGCUUCGCUUACUUCUACGACUACACGUCGCUCCUCUCCUCAGGACAGAGGUAA